CACACACACAACCAACUCGUCUAUCCAGUCACACGUCGCAAUUCCUCGCCGCUUUCGACUAGAGCAACUACCGGGGCCUCCGUCGAGUGGUCGGCAGCAGCACCUCGUCGCACGAGGAAAAGCUCUCUCUGUGGGGAGGCCACAUCGCUCCAUUCCGUCGAGAUUGCAGUGAGCACACUGACUCAUGAAAAUGGAUAGCUCUCCGCACUGCUGCUGCUCUCCCCGGCUACUCCAACAGCGACGACAGGAAGAAGACGAAUGCCCACCAACUACUCUGCAAGAACCGCUUCAAGUCAGCAGGAUGGCGGGGCAGCCUGCACGCCGCCGCGGAUCGAGGCGGGCAUGGGAAGCGGGAAGCUGGCGUCUUCCUGCUGCGUGUUGUCUGUUGGGCCUCCUGACUGCAUCAUCUCGACUCCUCCCCGUCGAGGGCGCUGGGACGGUGGCCUUCAAAAACGGGUGGGAGAUCGACUCGGAAGCCGAGGAUGUCGUUGUUAUCUUUGCGGCAGACCUGGACGGUGACGAGGACCUGGACUUGUUGGUGGGAUCCUACUGGAAUGAUUGGGUGAGGUGGUACGAGAACGAGGAUGGCAAGGGAGCGUUCUCGGAAGCGAUGGACGUCGCGUCCGGCUACGGUGGAGCAGGAUCGAUUGACGUCGGGGAUCUGGAUGGCGACGGGUCCCCUGAUGUCGUCGUAGCCUUUCAGACUUCCUUCCAGCUGACGUGGUUUAGCAAUCUCGACGGCCUGGGCGAAUUUUCGGUCGGCACUGACAUCGAUACGUAUGAAGACGGGGAUCAUUCAAAUUUUGUCAAGGUGGCGGAUCUUGACGGGGAUGGGGACUUGGACGUGAUUAUGGCAUCGAAACAAGGCGAUCGAGUCACGUGGUACGAAAACACCGACGGGGAGGCGACGUUUGCGCUCGGCGUUGAUAUCUCGACGACCGCUGACGGUGCUUUCACGCUGGCUUUGGCAGACUUGGACGGCGACGACGACCUCGACAUCGUUUCGGCGUCCGUUGUCAGCGGCUUGGCGUGGUACGAGAACUCAAACGGGGCGUUUUCUCUGGGCGUGAGUUUAGAACCGGCCGACGACCCUGCUAGUGGCAAGGACGUCGUUACGGCGGACAUCGACGGAGACGGAGACAUGGACAUCAUCUCAGCGUCAUUCGACGGCAACCACACCGCCGGCAGCUUCCCCGACGGCCGCAUUCUCUGGCUCGAGAACGACGGCUCGGGAAGCUUCGCGGAGGGGAAGGAUAUCGGCUUGCUCGAGUCUGCGAGGAACGUGGUGGCCGUGGACCUAGACAACGACGGGGACAUAGAUCUGGUGACCUGCGACGGCGUGGGGGGGUCCAUCGUGUGGUACGAGAACACGGACGGGACGGGGAAUUUCUCUGAGGUCAUCAUCACCACCGAUGUUGGGGUAUAUUGGUUGAUCGCUGUUGACCUCGACGGCGACGGCGACUUUGAUAUAGCGACCGCAAACCGGGAUGACGGCCACGUGACCUGGUACGAGAACCUCCUGAUAGAAAUCGAAGAUGACGAUGGCGGCAGCGAUGCUACACGUACGACGGCGCCGGCCGUAGCCCCUUCUCCGACCGAUGUCACAUCCGACCCAGCUGCAGGUGGAGACAAGACACCACCGUCUACUCGUACCAUUGACCACACGGAGGAGUGA